UACAUCGACACAAAAUGUCAGUGUUUUAAAACAAGUUUACACUAAAUUUGAAGUAGCUAGAUGCAAGUGAAAUAAUCAAUGUUCUUGAACCGGAAUCUGCUAAAUUCCUGCCUUUUUCAUCCCAUUUUCAUAAAGUUUCCAUAUUCUCAUCGAUACCUUCAGGUUGCUUUUGGUUUUUUCAAAUGAAGUGAUUGCGAUUUGUUAGCAUUUAUGUGCGUGGAUCACUUAUUUCUGUGAUUGCCUGUCAGAAUUUUACUUUUUCGGGGUAGCUGCGGGGUAUAGUAUUAUGGCAAGGAAGAAGAUCAGAGAGUAUGAUUCUAAAAGGCUUCUGAAGGAGCAUUUGAAACGUUUGUCUGGAAUCGACCUCCAGAUCUGCUCUGCUCAAGUAACAGAAGCUACGGAUUUUGCUGAGUUAACCAACAAAGAACCAUGGAUUUCAUCCUCAAAAUUGGUCAUAAAACCAGAUAUGUUGUUUGGGAAGCGUGGAAAGAGCGGUUUGGUGGCUUUGAAAUUGGAUCUAGCGGAAGUUGCUGAAUUUGUUAAAGAGCGUCUUGGUGUGGAGGUUGAGAUAGGUAACUGCAAGGCACCUAUAACGACCUUCAUUAUUGAACCAUUUGUUCCCCACGAUGACGAGUAUUAUCUUUCAGUACUCUCUGAAAGGCUAGGAUGUACAAUUAGCUUCUCAGAAUGUGGAGGCAUUGAAAUUGAAGAGAAUUGGGAUAAGGUCAAAACAAUAUUCCUUCCAACUGAAAUGUCAAUGACUUUGGAGGCGUGUGCACCACUGAUUGCCACACUUCCUUUGGAGGUGCGGGGAAAGAUUGGCAAUUUUAUAAUGGGUGUGUUUGCUGUAUUUCAAGACCUGGACUUCAGUUUUCUUGAGAUGAACCCAUUUACGCUUCUUAAUGGUGAACCAUAUCCGCUGGAUAUGAGAGGAGAAUUAGAUGACACAGCUUCCUUUAAAAACUUUAAGAAGUGGGGUAAUAUUGAGUUCCCUCUACCUUUUGGGAGAGUUUUGAGUCCAGCAGAAAGGUUUAUCCAUUCAUUAGAUGAAAAAACCAGCGCGUCAUUGAAGUUUACUGUAUUGAAUCCCAAAGGACGGAUCUGGACAAUGGUUGCUGGUGGUGGAGCAAGUGUAAUAUUUGCUGAUACAGUUGGAGACUUGGGAUAUGCAUCUGAGCUCGGUAAUUAUGCAGAAUAUAGUGGAGCUCCAAACGAAGAGGAGGUUUUACAAUAUGCUCGCGUUGUUCUUGAUUGUGCCACAGCUGAUCCAGAUGGCCGUAAGAGAGCUCUCAUUAUUGGGGGUGGCAUUGCUAAUUUUACUGAUGUUGCUUCUACCUUCAAUGGAAUCAUCCGAGCUCUAAGGGAGAAGGAGUCCAAGUUAAAAGCUGCUCGAAUGCACAUUUUUGUUCGAAGAGGUGGCCCUAAUUACCAAACAGGUUUGGCAAAAAUGCGUGCAUUGGGAGAGGAGUUGGGAGUUCCCCUAGAGGUUUAUGGGCCCGAGGCUACAAUGACCGGCAUUUGCAAACUGGCAAUUGAUAGCGUUAUGUCUGAACUCUGAAGCAUAGAUAUGGAAGUGUGUUAUCCAUGUUGGUAUUUCAACAGCUCUAUGUCAGCUUAUCUUUCCAUACCAAAAUUGAAAAAGGAGGUUUCCCAAUCUGUGAAUAAAGUUUGGGAUGCAAUGCAAAAAUUGACUCUGGAAUCUCGAAAUCACUCAGAAAGUUCGUUGUCCAUAAAAUUCAAUUCCUACAUUUCCUACAAUUAUGCACACAGCUCUUUCAUUUACGAAUUGUAUUUUAAAAAACAAGUUCACAAUUGUUGUUUUGACAUUGGUGCCUAGUGUCAUAUUAUGACACUAAAGACCUACAAUGCUCAUUGGGCCUGAAAGUGGUCAAGUGGUUCUUACCCCUUAGCACCCCCCNACCCUCUUCAUUUCUUAACUGGUAGCAAUAAAAAGUGUUGAGAAUC